AUGUUCAUCUGUGAAGGAUGCCCAAAGAAUUUCAGUACCAGUGCAAAGCAAGGGCUUACUCUCCACCAGAAGACAUGUGAGCACUACAGGAAGAUGGUGCUACAUGCUGUCAAUGCCCAGAAGUCAGUUCGAGACAAGCAGAAGGCUGCGCAGGCAGUUAAGUUGAAGGAAAGGAAGGAGCGCAUGAAAGCCACAAUGGAAAUGUCAGGUUCCUUGACCAGUAAUCACAUCCAAGACCAUCCAGUCAGAGAGCCAAUGGAUGUCGACAUUGAAUACCAAGAUCAAGAGCUCGAUGCCUUUCCUAUCAAUACUACAACAACACUUCAUGAUAAUUCAUUGAUAGUGGAUGACAACUGCGAGCUUGUCAUUGAGGCUCCAAGCGUUGUGCAUGAGGACUUGCUUGCUCAGGGAUUACCAGCAAUCUCCCCUCCAGCAACUCAUAUUCCGACAGUGGAUAUAGACGAGGAUUCUGUGGACCGCCUCAUGGACUGGCAGAAUUCGGGCAGCAAGCUCAAGUCGAAUGCUGAACUCAAGCGAAUUUUGACCCAGCUAGAGUCAAUCGAGGCAUGCGUAUCCAUUGAGGUCCCAUCUGGUGACAAGAAUACCCCUGCCAGCUUCUUUGAUGUUCCGGGACUCCAUUAUCGCAAGCUGACAUCCAUCAUCAGGGCCACUUUUGCCUCUCCGCUGGCAUCAAAAUUCCAUCUUUCGCCUUUCAAGCUCUUUCACAUGUUGCCACUGUCUGGAGAGCAGCAGCACAUUUUCUCAGAGGUCUACAACUCAGAUGCUUUCAUUGAAGAAAACGAGAGAGUCCAACAGGCCCUGGUCCCACCUGAUGAACCAGACUGCAAUAUGUGCAUGCUCAACCAAAUUCCGGAGCGUUUGGCUGACUUUCAUGUGAAGUGGGGCACCCAGAAGAAAGAUAUCAAGGCUCACUGUCAGCGCGAGUUGAUGCAUGCAGUAUGGAAGUUCCUGCUUGAUGACAAGUUCCUGCACGCCUUUUGUUAUGGGAUGGUCAUCAAAUGCGCAGACGGAAUAGAGUGGCGAGUGUAUCCACGAAUUUUCACGUACUCAGCUGAUUACCCUGAGAAAGUUCUUCUUGCAACCAUUCAUGAUAAGGGCCUUUCUCCAUGCCCACAAUGCCUGACGCCCAAAACCCGCAUCAACCAAAUGGGCCUCCAACAAGACUCGAACUUCCAAGUACAGCAUCCAUGGACAUAUCUGGGGGAUUUUGUUUGCCGUGCUCGGGAAUGGAUCUACAAGAUGGCUCGUCCAAUUGGUGGGACCUGGGUUGAGGAUUUGUUAAAACCAACCUCCUCAGUUCCAACAGUGAAUGCUUUUGUUGAUCAUCUGGGACAUUCAUUUCAGCUGAAUGAACUCUUUGUCGUCAAUCUUAUGCAUGAGGUGGAAUUGGGAGUAUGGAAGACCCUUUUCACACAUCUUAUCCGUAUUCUUUAUGCCACUGCCCCAGAUGGACAUUUGGUUGCUGACACUAUUUGUCGUUUUUCGUCGAACACGUCUGAGAUGAAAAAGCUUGCCACACGUGAUUUCAAAGAUUUUCUCCAGUGUAGCAUCCCCGCCUUUGAAGGUCUUCUCGAUGAACCACACAACUCUCGCCUCAUGAAGCUUCUUUACCGCACUGCAGAAUGGCAUGGGUUUGCUAAAUUCUGCCUGCACACAGAAACUACCCUUGCCCACCUUGAGGCCAUUACCUGCGAGCUGGGCAAGCUCAUGCGUGAAUUCUGGGAUGCAACAAAAGGGGAUUUUGCAACCUAUGAGCUUCCGCAUGAAACUGCUGCAAGAAAGAGGCACGAGCAACAACAAAACCCCAUGUCUACUGCCACAGGACAAGGUCGGAAAGAGAAGCUAUUGAAUCUUUUCACAUACAAGUGGCAUGCCCUCAGUGAUUAUGUGAGGACUAUUCGACUUUUUGGCGGGACGGAUGGGUUUUCAACACAAGUUCUUACGAACAAGCGCAAGGCAGAACAACAGAUUGCAAAACAUGUCUGCCAGCUAGAGCAUGCCCGAGCAGCUCAUCAGCGUGAUGCAGCUUGCAGACAUGCAGUACCACAGUCCCAGAGACAUGAACAAGCUUCCGAGGAGACCAAUGUUGGUGACCCAGACCUGUGCUAUCACAUUUUGCCCUCCCAAGCCAAUAAAAUUGACCUUCUGAAGACACUUGUAACAAAGAGCAACGAUCCUGUGUACCGGAACUUCCUUCCCAAGCUCCAGGACCACCUCCUUGCUUGUCUCAUGGGGCGUGAAUUUGACAGAGAUGACCAAACCCACACAUUCUCUCACGAAGAGAGGAAUUUGGUUCAUUUCCUUGGUGGCAAGAUCUACUCGGUACAGACAUGCCGCCUCUACUACACUUCAUAUGACCUCCAGCGCCAGUCUGACACCAUCAACCCAACGUCCCACCCCAACAUCUUCAUCUGA